UUAGAUCUUAUAGAAAAUUUCAGCUGUAGCCCUUGGACCAGAAGCUGAAAUAAUCGAAGCUGUGUACGAUGCAUUAGGGUAUUGAAGAAAAUACAUUUUGAAUUAAAUAUUUGGAAUAUAAGGAAGGAAAGGUGAUUGAAAAUGGGCAGAAGAAAAUUCAAAUCACACGCAUAAUGGAUGAAAGGAACCGACAGGUUACUUUUACAAAGAGAAAGUUUGGAUUAAUGAAGAAAGCCUAUGAACUUAGUGUGCUCUGUGACUGUGAAAUAGCACUCAUCAUUUUCAACAGCUCUAACACUGCCAGCACUGACAUGGACAAAGUUCUUAUCAAGUAUACAGAGUAUAAUGAACCUCAUGAAAGCAGAACCAACUCGGAUAUUGUUGAGGCUCUGAACAAGAAGGAACCCAGAGGGUGGGACAGCCCAGACCCUGAUACUUCCUAUGUGCUAACUCCACAUACAGAAGAAAAAUAUAAAAAAAUUAAUGAGGAAUUUGAUAAUAUGAUGUGGAAUCAUAAAAUCGCACCUGGUUUGCCACCUCAAAACUUCUCAAUGUCUGUCACAGUCCCUGUGACCAGCCCUAACGCUUUGUCCUACACUAACCCAGGGAGUUCACUUGUGUCGCCAUCUUUGGCCGCCAGCUCAACAUUAGCAGAUUCAAGCAUGCUGUCUCCACCUCAAGCCACGCUGCACAGAAAUGUAUCCCCUGGAGUCCCUCAGAGACCACCGAGUACCGGCAGUUCAGGUGGGAUGUUGAGCACUUCAGACCUCACAGUGCCAAAUGGAGCUGGAAGCAGUCCAGUGGGAAAUGGAUUCGUAAACUCAAGAGCUUCUCCAAAUUUGAUUGGAACUACUGGUGCAAAUAGUUUAGGCAAAGUUAUGCCUACGAAGUCUCCUCCUCCUCCAGGUGGUGGCAAUCUUGGAAUGAACAGUCGAAAACCAGAUCUUCGAUUUGUCAUCCCUCCUUCCAGCAAGGGCAUGAUGCCUCCACUGAAUACCCAAAGGAUAAGCAGUUCUCAAGCCACUCAGCCUCUAGCUACCCCAGUCGUGUCUGUGACCACCCUGAGCUUGCCUCCGCAGGGACUCGUGUACUCAGCCAUGCUGACCGCCUACAACACUGAUUACCCACUGACUAGCGCGGACCUGUUGGCCCUGCAGGGCUUCAACUCCCUGGGCAUGCUGUCUCUGGGACAGGUGUCGGCCUGGCAGCAGCACCAUUUAGGACAAGCCGCCCUCAGCUCUCUGGUUGCUGGAGGGCAGUUAUCUCAGGGUUCGAAUUUAUCCAUUAAUACCAACCAAAACAUCAACAUUAAGUCAGAACCAAUUUCACCUCCCCGGGAUCGAAUGACCCCAUCAGGCUUCCAGCAGCAGCAGCAGCAGCCACCGCUGCCCCCGCCGCCACAGCCCCAGCACCCCCAGCCCCGGCAGGAAAUGGGGCGCUCCCCUGUGGACAGUCUGAGCAGCUCGAGCAGCUCCUAUGAUGGGAGUGACCGGGAGGAUCCACGGGGCGACUUCCAUUCUCCAAUUGUGCUUGGCCAACCCCCCACCACGGAGGACAGAGAAAGCCCUUCCGUCAAGCGAAUGAGGAUGGACGCAUGGGUGACCUAAGGCUCCUGGGCUGGUGUUCGUACUUCGUGAUCCUGCAGCGAACUGCCCUACAUAUCUACAUCGGUAAAUAAGGACAUGAGUUAACUAUAUUUAUAUGUACAUACAUACAUAUAUAUUCCUUUAUAUAUAUAUAUAUGUAUGUGGGCGUGAGUGUGUGUGUGUGUGUGUGUGUGUGUGUGUGUGUGUGUGUGUUACCUACAGAAUCGGGCACUUACCUGCCUCGUAGAUCUGCAGAUGUACGUCCUGUGGCAAACAAAGCACCCUGUAGGCAGAUUCUAGUCUGGCACUUCCUUGGACUACUUGUUUCAUAAGAUAACCAGUUUUUGCAGAAAAACGUGUACCCAUAUAUAAUUCUCCCACACUAGCUUGCAGAAACCUAGAGGGCCCCUACUUGUUUUAUUUAACUGUGCAAUGACUGUAGUUACUUAAGAAAAAUGCUUUGUAGAA